CACCGUAUUUUUCUAUGGAUCUAAGCGUGUUUUUGAUGAGCUUAAGCGACAAAAACGUACCACGAAUGGUUUUGCGAAGAUGUAAACAAAUUUUACCCAUUUAACAGAAGACACCAGUUAACAAAACAUCUUUGAGUAUGUCGUUUCAACUGAAUUUGCCACCCUCUGCGGUGGCAAAGUUGGCCAAAACAGAAGAUGACUUGCCAAAGAAAGUGUCCAGAGAGGAAUGGAGGAAACAGAAAGAGCUGGAGGAAGCAAGAAAGGCAGGAACAGCUCCAGCCAUGGUGGAUGAAGAAGGAAAAGAAAUAAAUCCUCACAUUCCUCAGUAUAUUAUGCAAGCUCCUUGGUAUUAUGGCGUAGAUGCAGCAACACUGAAGCAUCAGAGAGUUCAACCAGAGACAAUGAAACCGUUAUCUGAAGUGGGGGCAUGGUACAAAAGGGGAGUUAAACAGGGGUCCACAGCUACAAAAUUUAGAAAAGGAGCAUGCCAGAACUGUGGUUCUAUGACACAUCAAAAGAGAGAUUGUUUUGAAAGACCAAGAAAGAUAGGAGCUAAGUUUACAGGGGAUGAUAUUGCACCAGAUGAACAUUUACAACCCAAUAUAGAUUUUAGUUAUGAAAGUAAGCGUGAUCGAUGGAAUGGCUUAGAUCCAGAAGAACAUCAGAAAAAGAUUCACGAAGAGUUUGCUCGCGUUGAAGAGGCAAAAAGAACAUUAAAAGAACAGAGUUUAGACUUGUCAUUAAUGGAAGGAGACUCAGACAGAACAGACAAGAAAAUUGACAGUGAUGAUGAAGACAAGUAUGCAGAUCAUAUUGAUAUGCCUGGUCAGAAAUUUGAAACCAAACAGAGAAUUACAGUCAGAAAUUUACGUAUCAGAGAAGACACAGCUAAGUAUUUAUACAAUUUGGAUGUGAACUCUGCAUUCUAUGAUCCAAAAACCAGAUCUAUGAGAGAAAAUCCAUCCCAAGGCAAAGACCAAGCUGAGGUGAAGUUUACAGGAGAUAAUUUUGUAAGAUUUUCUGGUGAUGCUGCUGAAUUUGCAUCAAAUCAAGUAUUUGCAUGGAAUGCCUAUGAGGCAGGAACAGAUGUUCAUCUGCAGGCAGACCCUACACGGUUAGCUAUGUUGAACAAAGAAGUAGAAAAGAGGAAAGACGAUUUUAAAACUAGUUUAAAGGAGGGUGUUUUAGCCAAGUAUGGUGGAGAGGAACAUUUGGAAGCCCCUCCUAAACACUUGUUGAUGGCCCAAACAGAAGAUUAUGUGGAAUAUUCUAGACAUGGAACUAUUAUUAAAGGAAAUGAGAAACCUGUUAUAAGAUCUAAAUACGAAGAAGAUGUGUAUAUAAAUAAUCAUUCAAGUGUAUGGGGAUCUUUUUGGUCAAAUGGAAAAUGGGGAUUCAAAUGUUGUCACGCAACCAUCAAAGAAUCAUACUGUACUGGAGAAGCAGGGAAAGAGGCAGCACAGAAUGAGAUAUUGGCCAUUGAGGAAGGAGACGAAUCACCUGCAGAAGAGGAGCCACAAAAAUCAUUAUUAGAGCAACAUCAAGAAAAAAUGAAUGGGAAGAAAAGAAAGAAAAAAAAGAAGAAGAAUAAACACAAGAAACAUAAAAAGAAGAGUUCAUCAGAAAGUAGUAGUGAUGAAUCUGAGGAGGAAGGAAAGAUAAACCCAAAGAAAUUGAAAAAGGCACUGACAAAGGAGGAUGAGCAUAGAAAGAAAGCAGAGGAGUUAUUAAAACUAGAUGAGAGAAAACGUCCAUACAAUAGCAUGUAUGAGGCUAUAGUUCCAACAGAAGAGGAAAUGGAAGCAUGGAGAAUGAAAAACUUACGCAGUGAUGAUCCUAUGGCUCAUUUUAAGUCAUAGAUACUGUUAAUGUGAUACUAAAUAAUAUUGUUGAUGUAAAAUACUGUAAAUAAAAUAAUGAAAAUAAAUGUCUUUCCGAAUUAUUCAGCAGGAGUAUACUUUAUUAGUUAUUGACUUUCAUUAAUGUUAAAGUGUACAAUGGAGAUAUAUUGUUUCUUAUUAUAUUGAGAUAGGAUUUUGUAAAUUUUAUGCUGUAUGUACUGUAAAUUCAGAAAUUAUUGCAAGGUUUUUAUUGUUGCGAAACGUGUAAAUGCAAUAAUUUAAACUUGCAUUUUGAAAUAUUUUAUAUGAAUUAAACUGGACUUUUCUCAAAAUCGUAAAAAUUUAAAUUGCAAUUAUAAAUGCAGGCAAUAAUUACUGAAUUUACAGUAUAUUGUUUAAUGACUUUCUUUUUUAAGACAAUUUGAAGACAAUCUUUAAUUUUUUGACAUUACAAUAGUAGGCAUGAUUGAUUGUUAUUUACAUAAUAUUCCAGUGGCAUAUAUUUUUUAUGCAUGUUCAAGUCGAAAACAAAUUUUUGCGAACCAAAUAAAAGUUUUCCACAGAGUUGUCUGCUCUUGGCCAAGGUAUUUAAACUUUUGUCUAUUCUUUUGCCCAUUGAAUAAAGAAUUUUUUCUGAUAAAUUAAUCAGUCAGUGAUAGAUAUCCAUUGGAAGAAAUUGAAAGGUCCUGUUGAAUAAACUACACAGAACACGUUCUCAUCUAAAAUUAAAUUCUCAUAUGCCACUUAACUCUCUUUUUUUUUGUGAAAAAGCUACAUUUUUGGGGAUGAUUGAUAUAUUUAGCGUUAAAAAGUCACAGUACAGCAUUAUCAAUAUUUGUCUGUCAUUUUUUGGCAAGAUUUGUUGUCUUUUUUAGUACGGUAAAUAAGAAUCCAAAAUUUCAUUAUUUUAUCAUAAACCUUUUUCAUAGGAUGCUAGAAUGAACUAUUUCAACAUCCAAGAUAUAAUUGAAGCAAGUAAACCUUAAAAA